AUGCCAGAUUUGGCUCGAGUGGUGCAGUCGGCGCGGGGUUUCAAAGGGUGCGGGUGCGCCGCGGGUGCUGGGGGUGUUGGAGAGAAGAGCGAUCCGUUUCGUUUCCAGGGAGAGGGCGUCUUCUUCAAGGCCAAGAUCAUCGGCAUCGAUGAUGUGGCGCAGGCGAGAGGAGACCAGAUGUGCCAGGAGUCGAUGCAGAACCUUAAGGCUAUGCAUCAAGGCGAGGCGGUGAGGGCACAAGAAGAACCUCGGAUCGGACCUCAGGAUCGCUACGACGAGAAGACAAAUGUGGCCACGUAUAGUCACAAGGUGCACAAGAUCUCGUUUAUAGCGAGGGACGCGUCAGACCCGCGUGCUUUCGGCUACAUUGUCGGCAUCGGCGAUGGCCAGCACAAGUUCUUUGCCAUUAAGACAGACAAGGCGGCGGAGUCACUCGUCGUGAGCAUAAGGGACCUCUUCCAGACCGUCUUCGACAUGAAGAAGAAGGAGGUGGAGAUGGCGAAGCAGCGGAAGAGCGCGAAGGAGGCGCCACCUGGCGGCUCAGCAGACGCCGGCGACGACGACGCGACUCAGGCUGACGCGACGAAGAACAAGGCUGAGGGGGAGGAUGGAGGAGGAGGAGGAGGAGGAGGGGGAGGAGAAGCUGAGCUGAAUCCAGCGACCGGCAGCCUCCUAGACCUCGAGACCGAGCUGGAGACGAUGCAGCAGGGAAUCAAGGACAUGAACCUGUUCUCAGGCGCGGACGACCUCUUCGUCGUGCAGUCGACGCCGCCACUGCGACCCGUGACCUCUGACCCCUUCAUCACCUCCUUCACUUACUCUUCGUCUGCAUCCAUCGUCAAGCUGGGACAGGAGCAGGUCUCGCCCUCCUCCUCCCUGAAGAAGGAAUCCCAGCUCAGCAUAGGAACCUCCUCAUCCAGCAAGAAGCCUCUUCGCGACGACGACUUCACCACCCCCGCCCGCCGGCGACGCCGCCGCCCACCUUCAGCGUCGACCCGUUCGCGCUCGGCGCCGCGCUUGCAGCGCCCCCGUCGCAGACUGCCGUCCCCGCAGGCGGGCGCCACCCCGUCGUCGUCCGACGUCCGUUCAUCACGAGCCUGA